UUGGUCAACUUGAAAAAACAAACGGGCUGCAAUUGUUUUUUUUGUCGUCUGUCGUGGUCAGGUGGCCUAGAGGUUAGAAACUCAUGUAAACAUCGAAUAAGUAUUUCUAAUUUGAGAGCGUCGUAGACAGUUUUUACAAUGAGCACCCGGAAAGGUGAAUCAACCAGGAAAAGGGCUCAGAAGUAUCAAAACACUAGGGCAUUCAAGAACGAUCUGUAUGAUAAAACAGUUCAGACAAAAGUGUUGAACAACUUGCAUAUUAGUAAUGUUUGUGCACGUUGUAAGAGUAUUCUGGAUUGGAAGAUAAAGUACAAGAAAUUUAAGCCCCUGAAAGCAGCCGCCACUUGCACGAAAUGCUCCCAGAAAUGCGUGAAGCAUGCCUAUCACAUUAUGUGUAAGCCGUGUGCUGAUAAAAAUGGAGUUUGUCCCAAAUGUGGUAAGAAGGAAGAAUUAGUGGAGCCAGAACCUACUCCCGAAGAGCAACUGAAGAUGGAUCAAGAGAUGCAGGCCAUGCUUAAAAGUUUACCCGAACGCAAACGUAGAACAUUUUUGAGAUUUAUGGAAAAAGGAACAAAGAAAGAUAAAGAUAAAAAGAAAAAGGAUAAAGAAUACAAAGGUGAAGACACCAGGCCCGGUGAUUCAAAAGAGGUGGAGGAUGAAGAUGAAGACAAGGCUAAAAUAGGAACGCAAGAUCUUAUGGCGUUUCUACAACGGCUCAAACUCUCCUGUAAGGAAGGAGAUGGCUUAGAUGAUUUGGAUGAUUUUGAUGGUUUUGGUGAUUCUGAUUCAGAUGAUUUUGGAAGUGAUGAUGACGAUGAUGAUGAAGAGGAAGAGGAGGAAAAGUGAUUGUAAAUUAAUUAGCUCUUUUCUAUUAAAAUUGUUAUUUUCCGUCUA